GAGGCGCGCUGCUCCUCUCCAUCACAUUUCACUUUCCAAACACUGACGAGGGAAACAAAAGAAAGCCAGGAUGUAAAAUCCAGUCAGAGGACAUCCACAAAUCCCGCAACAGACCAGCUUUUCUUCUGUAUCUCUGAGAGGUUCCAUAGAUUAGGGUUAUUCUGCUCCAUCAGUCCCGCUCUGUGCGCUCUGCUCGGUGCAGGAGUCUGUCACCGACUGAAGAGGAGGAGAGGUGCCGUUUUGCUGCUGCUUCCCGCUGGACGGAUCCGAGCUGCUUUUCUCACUUAUAUCAAAGGAGUCUGUCUUUACAGAAGCUUUGGAAGAGUUGGGAUUUUGUUUUCCCACCUUCACUUGUUUCGAUGUCAGUUGAUUUUGGAGACCACAGACUCUGAAGGUUAGGAGGACUACUUUAAAGACUUUGCUUCGCGAUGGCUACAGGAGUAGCAGCGUGGCUCCCUUUUGCCCGGGCAGCAGCCAUUGGCUGGAUGCCUGUUGCCAACUGCCCCAUGCCUGUUGCACCAAGAGACAGUAAGAGACAGGAUGAGCUGAUUAUCCUCAAUGUCAGCGGACGUCGUUUUCAAACUUGGAGAACCACUCUGGAUCGCUACCCUGACACCUUGCUGGGCAGCUCUGAAAAAGACUUCUUUUACAAUGAGGAAAGCAAGGAGUACUUCUUUGACCGGGAUCCUGAUGCCUUCAGGAGCAUCCUCAACUUCUACCGGACAGGGAAACUCCACUACCCCCGCCACGAGUGCAUCUCAGCCUAUGAUGAGGAGUUGACGUUCUUCGGCAUCAUCCCCGAGAUAAUCGGUGACUGCUGCUAUGAAGAGUACAAGGACAGAAAGAGGGAGAAUUUAGAGCGGCUGCAGGAUGAUCAGGAGGAGAACAAGGACCAGAAGCUGCCCAACAUGAACUUUAGGGAAACCAUGUGGCGGGCCUUUGAGAACCCCCACACCUCCACCAUGGCCCUGGUCUUCUACUAUGUCACAGGUUUCUUCAUUGCUAUCUCAGUCAUCACUAAUGUGGUGGAGACGGUUCCCUGUGGUUCCACCGCCAACCAGAAAGACAUGCCAUGUGGUGAACGCUACACAGUGGCAUUCUUCUGCAUGGACACUGCCUGCGUCAUGAUUUUCACAGUGGAGUAUCUGAUGCGCCUGUUUGCCGCGCCUAGCCGUUAUCGUUUCAUGCGCUCGGUGAUGAGCAUUAUCGAUGUGGUGGCCAUUUUGCCAUACUACAUAGGUCUGGUCAUGACCAACAACGAGGACGUGAGCGGUGCCUUUGUGACGCUGCGUGUCUUUCGAGUGUUUCGUAUCUUCAAGUUCUCCCGUCACUCGCAGGGCCUGCGGAUCCUGGGUUAUACACUCAAGAGCUGUGCUUCAGAGCUGGGCUUCCUCCUCUUCUCACUCACCAUGGCCAUCAUCAUCUUUGCCACAGUCAUGUUCUACGCAGAGAAGGGCUCAAGCUCCACCAAGUUCACCAGCAUCCCAGCUUCCUUCUGGUACACUAUUGUCACCAUGACAACGCUGGGGUAUGGAGACAUGGUGCCAAAGACAAUUGCGGGGAAGAUCUUUGGCUCAAUCUGCUCCCUGAGUGGUGUGUUGGUGAUUGCUCUGCCCGUCCCCGUUAUCGUCUCUAACUUCAGUCGCAUCUACCACCAGAAUCAGAGAGCAGACAAACGUCGUGCUCAGAAGAAAGCCAGACUGGCCAGGAUAAGAAUAUCCAAGUCCGGCAGCGCCAACACCUUCAUCCAGUGCAAGCACAACGGACUGCUCAACGAACUGCUCGAGCUGACGGAUACAGAAGAGGAUGAGCAGAAGCUGGCUAAGUCCAUCUCUCUGUUAGAGAGCCAACACCACCACCUACUGCACUGUCUGGAGAAAACCACUGCUCAUGAGUUUGUGGACGAGCAGAUGUAUGAACAGAACUGUUUAGAAACGGCACUCCAGACCUUCCCGUCACGCAGCCCCUCUAUAUCCAGCCAUGACAGCUCCGUGGGUACCUGCUGUGGCCGCAGGGUAAAGCAAAACACUCCGCUGCCCAACGCCAGCCUGCCCUCCACCCAGCAGGGCCCCCUACAGGAGCUCAGUGCAAUCCACAUACAGUGUGGUGACCCACCAUCACACACCACCAGUCGUUCCAACCUCAACCUGAAAACCGAUAACAGCAGCAGGAUCAACUGCAAAGGCGGCCGGAUCACCACAGCAAUCAUCAGCCUCCCAACACCCCCUGCUUUGACCCCUGAUGGCGAUGGCCUCCACGGGCCGCCACAGAGGAGGCCGCCCCCUCCCCCGAGUCAUCCUGCAACUCCAAGCAUCCAGACCACAACAAGCUCAGCUGGCACCAACAUCAUUAAAGUCUCUGCCCUGUGACUGUCUGGCUCAUGGAGGUAAUUCAACCCAGCAGGAGGAAGAGGAAGAAGAAGAAGAAGAGGAGGAGGUAAAGACUACCUUUAUGGACGCACCAUGUCCCGUCCCACAGGGUCAACAGGAAGAGUGCUGUUCUCCAGCAGAGCCACCAGUUGGUGUUUUAGAGAAGACGGAUGGUGUUGGUGACAUAACUGAGUUAGAAGAUUGUAGAUAUGUGAACCGAGAAUCAUGCGCCCGUCAUGUUGUGUAUGCACUGUAGAUAUGGACAGAAUCGCUGCAUUUCUAAUAGUUUCUAACAGCAGUACAGAUGUUUUACAGCAGGUACUGUGAAAAAAAAAAGAUAGACAUUGAAAGACAUUGUGCAAUUAGCAUAUCAGUACAUGAGCAGAUGCUGUCAACAUACCACAAAUUCACAGUAAAUUUAAAGUGAAUUCACAGUGAAAUAGUGAAAAUGAUAUUUUGUUGACUUUAAAUGUGUUUGAAGAAAGAAACAGAAAAGUGUUGACUGUGUUUACUUCAAUUUGAUUGGUCUUAUUUGUGUUAUGUGUUGUUGUCAUGGCAUUUUGAGGGGGGGGAAAACAAUUGAAAACAGUUUUAGUUUUCUUUACAGCAUCAUUCGAGACUUGACGGCACCCGAUGCUGCUAAUAUCGUAUCACUGAAAUGCGACUUUAAUGUGUGUGAGACCGAAAAGAUGUGUUUUGUUGGGAAAUUGUAUCUAUUCAUUGUGUCAAAGACUGAAACCAAACUGUGCUUUUUUAGUUGCUUCAUGUUUACAUUUCUGACUGGAUAUUGACCUGACACUGUCUUCAUGACAUUAAAGGUCAUAUUUAGGUGAGACAAAGCAGUGUUUUGUCAGAAUCUUCAAGCUGACCUCUCUGUGGCACACAGGCCCAAGGCCAUUUGUUCCUGCUGAAGACACAAAUAUUUAAAAAAAAAAAAGACCUCACAAAAAAGUUUAUUUUUAGAAAAAGGCUCAGUAAUUUUCUCAAACAGCUGAGCAGUGCAGUUUCUAACAAACAUUACUCAAAGAGGAAUAAACCCUGCAUUUGUCUGGGACUAUUUUCACAUGCGAAUGAAUACACGUUUAGCACAAGACACAGCAGGAGGACAGUGUGUAUGAGUAAAUAAACUACAGUGCCAUGUUCAUUGUCUGUAGCACAUAGAAAUAAGCUAUAUCAGGUACAGUACUUGUUAGUAGGUUGAUUCAUUGUUGAUUUUGGUCUUUUUAUUGGAUUUGUUGACAAAAUUACUCCAGUCUGACCUUUUGAAUUAAUGAAAAAUAAUAAUUUUACUCAGAGUAUGAUCCUCUUUCUAUAAAUGUGAUUUGAUUGGGUCCUGUGGAACAAUUCAAAUCUGCCUCCACUGACUGUGUCGUAGGCUAUGGCAGAAAACAGCAUGUGUGUUCGUCAUGAGCAUCAGUGGGCAUUUUAGCACCACAGUCAUAUCAAACAACCACAGAGAACAUUACAGGAAUGGAGCUACAUUAAAGUUUUAAAAUGGAGAAAACAAGGACAAAAUAUGCAAGCAUAUGCAAAUGGUUCAGAAUAUCUUAUUUUGUCAUCUUCCCUCUCUCCUGUCAUUAUUCUUCUGAACAAAGUAGAAAAACAAAUGCCUUCAGUAUUAUCAUUUUGGGACUUGAGUUAAUAACUGUCAAUGAAAAGAUUUUUUUUCACAGCUCACUACAGUGUGCUUAUGAGGUGCCACUGUAAGUGUAUGCUUGCCCGUUGAAAUAAUUCAGUUUCUGACAGAUAAACGCAGGUUUCAAAUCUAUUUUAAAACUUUACGUUUGUAAAGAAUGUCCAGUGUGUACACAGGUAAAUGAGAAUAGAUAGAUUUACUAUUUUGACAGAAUAAUCUCAACUCAAGGUCCUCUUAUUAUCUUUUCCAGUUUUCAACCAUAGUCUUUCAUCAAGGGAUUAGGCUUUCUUCAGUUGUGAUAGAGACAAAAUUUACUGCAAUUUUAAGUCAACAUGAAAGUCAUGAAAGUGCCACGGAUGAAAUCACAACAGCUCAAGAACUAGCACAGAUCCAUCUCUAUGACAACUGAGCUGAUGAUGACCAUGUGAUUGAAGGCAUAGUACAAAGCGGACCUAAGUUGGGAUUGUUCUGUCAAACUAUUUCCAAGGUCACUGAAGAACUUUAAAUAUUAAGAAUAUUACUAAUCAGCUCCAUCAUGUAAAUCUCGACUGAUGAAUGUCAAAGAUGGGCACAAGAUGGCAGCAAAGACACUGAAAUAAUAUGAUUGAAAAUGAAUUAAAAAUGAUUGGUCUGGUUUAUGGCCUUACUUCUACAUUAAUAUUACAUCAUUUAUAUACCUACUGGCUGCACAUUGUUGCUCAUUUAAAGUUGAUAGACGCCUGGUGUUUGAAAUAGUUUGUGACUACUUGCCAAAUGUGUUUUGAUUUAUCUGUAUGAAAUAAACAAUGUGUUAUUUGUCUUGGUUUGUUUUAGUGGAAACUUUGGUUUCACUUCAUGUGGUUUUCGAUCAUGAAGUGCCAAGUGAAAUUGUUUUUGCUGUAUCGGUAUACUUUGUGUUGCAUUUCUGUAUUUUGUCGUGUUCUUUGUGCUGCUAUAUAUUAAAAAAAAACACACUUACAAACCCUUUUAGAUUUUUUUUUUUCUGAAAAUAACAAGCAUACACUCAACUGUAGUGUUCAUAACCUGGAUCUUACACAUUAGGGCUUUUUGCAGUAUCAUAGAACACCAUCAUGCUUCAACAACAGAGAGCAUUUCUCACACCCCGGUUUGACUGUAUGAGGAUCACUUGUUGUCGUUAUAUGAGGGAUUUCAAAAGGCAUUGUAGGAGUCUCUUCUUUAAAAGUCUUGGCAUUGCUGUUUGUGCUGUUUCUUAUCUUUUUAUCCUUUUCAACUGAGCUU